AUGACUGUCUUUGUCUGCUCGCUGUUUCUCCCCAAGACGGUGCAGUUUCAGCUGCCCGGCACCCCUCCCCGCCGCGCCGCCUUGGCCCGUCGCCGCUCCUCGACCGUUGACGUCCCUCAGCCGCUCGCCCAGCCCACCCCGGCCCGGCCCAGCCUCUUCGCGCCGCGUCCGGACAUCACGCCGCCCCAGACGCCCACUGACGAGUCGCAAUCCCCCAAUCUCUUUGCCAACGAGGAUGGCCUCCGCAUCCAGUAUCCCCACGAGAUGGACUCUCCCAUCAACCAGCUCUCCCAGUCCUGGGGCCACCGCUCCGACCAGCCCAAGUCCCGCGCAAACUCUCCGCCCGCGCCGCACGCCUUUGAGACGGGCCGCACCCUGCAAAAGGCCCACGAGCUCGGCCGCCGCGGUGUCGUCCAGCCCAAGCCCCACACUCGCAGCGACAGCCACGACCGCGUCUUCGCUUCGGCCCCCUGGCACGUUGUCAACGCCGACCAGGGCAACGGUGGCCUGCGCAACGCCGUCGACGCCGCCGCCCGCGAUGGUAAGCUCGGCGAGCACAUGUGGGUAGGCACUCUCGGCAUGCCCACCGAUGCGCUCGAGGAGACGGAGCAGAAGCAGAAUAUUGAAGCCACCCUGGCCACCGAGCACGACAUGCUGACAGUCUUUUGCUCCGACAAAGACUUUGACGGCCAUUACAGCCACUUUUGCAAGCAGAUUCUCUGGCCCGUGUUCCACUACCAGAUUCCCGACAACCCCAAGAGCAAAGCCUACGAGGAUCACUCGUGGCAAUUUUACGUCAAUGUCAACCAGGCCUUUGCUGACAAGAUUGUUGCUAACUGGAAGCGCGGCGACGUCGUCUGGGUCCACGACUAUCACCUUCUCCUAGUCCCCAAUAUGGUCCGCCAGAAGCUGCCCGAAGCCAAGAUUGGCUUCUUUCUGCACGUCCCUUUCCCCUCCUCCGAGGUCUUUCGAUGCCUUGCCGUGCGCAAGCAGCUUCUCGAGGGCAUGCUUGGCGCCAACCUCGUUGGGUUUCAGAUUCGCGAGUACACCCGCCAUUUCCUGCAGACGUGCAGCAGAAUCCUGAGCGUCGAGGCUACGCCCGAAGGCCUGCAGCUCGAAGACCGUUUCGUCGAUGUCGUCAACCUGGCCAUUGGCAUCGACCCUGUCAGCCUGGCAAUCCAUCGAGAAAAGCCCGAGGUGAUGCGCUGGCUCGAUAUUCUGCAGGAGCGGUACAAGGGCAAGAGGCUCAUUGUCGCCAGAGACAAGCUGGAUCAUGUGCGCGGUGUGAGACAGAAGCUGCUCUCGUACGAAUUGUUCCUCAACAAGUACCCAGAGUGGCGCGAGCAUACGGUGCUUAUCCAGGUAGCGCUCUCUUCUAGUGAUAAGAGCGACUUGGAUGCUACCGUAUCGGACAUUGUUACUCGCGUCAACUCAUCGUGGGCCAAUCUUGCGUACCAGCCGGUCGUCUAUCUCAAACAGGACAUCGAUUAUGCCCAGUAUCUCGCUCUUCUCAGCGUUGCCGAUGCUCUCAUGAUUACCAGCCAGCGCGAAGGCAUGAAUCUCACCUCGCACGAGUACCUAUUUUGCCAAGAUGGAAAAAUCUUCCCCGACAAGAAGUAUGGGUCUCUGAUCUUGUCUGAAUUCACGGGUACCUCGUCGCUCUUCAACGGCAACGAGCUCCGAGUCAACCCCUGGGACUAUCGGCAAUGCGCCGACGCCAUCAAGCAAGCCCUGGAGAUGAGCGAUGACGAGAAGAAGGCACGAUGGGAGAACCUGUACGAGGCUGUAUCUCUUCACACCGGUUCUCACUGGUUCAGCGAGUUCUUGUCUCGUCUGGAUCGUGCAUACGAGACUCAGCAUAAGCGCGAUCAGACAUCUGUUCCGCGCCUCUCUGUCCCUGUCGUCACGGACAAGUACAAUUUAUCCAAACGUCGUCUAUUCAUCUUGGAUUACGAGGGCACGCUGGUCAACUGGGGCCCAGUGAAUCAGAUCAUUCCCGUCAGCCCGCAGAGGACACUGGACGUUCUCAACGAACUCCUGCUGGACGAGCGCAACAGCGUCUAUAUCAUGUCUGGGCGGCUGCCCGAGGAGCUGGAUCGCGUCUUCCAGCGCGUGCCCAACCUGGGCCUCAUUGCCGAAAACGGCUGCUUCCUGCGCGACCACGGCGCGACAGAGUGGGAGGAAAUGGCUGACACGUCUCAGAUUAAGAAUUGGAAGCGUUCAGUCAAGAGCAUCCUCACUUACUACCUCGAGCGCACGCCUGGUGCGGAGCUCGAGGAGCGCCGCUGCAGCCUCAUCUUUCACUUUGGCAACGCCGAGGAUUUCGAGUCAGCGUCGCGCCUGGCGGCCGACUGCACCAGCCACGUCAACGACGCGUGCGAGUCGCAGCGUGUGCACGCUGUCCUGCUCGAUUGCUGCAUCAUUGUGGAGCCCGCCGACUGGACAAAGAGCACCGCCGCCCAGCAAGUCUUUGAUAGAUUCAAGAGCCACCUGGGGCCGGACGGUCCACGCAAGGAGGCGGUGGAUUUCAUGAUGGUGAUUGGCGAUGGACGGGAGGAUGAAAAAGUGUUCAAGUGGGCGAACCUGCUCGGCGAUGUGGGUGCUGUACGAGAGGUGGUGACGGUGAGCCUGGGUAGCAGAAGCACCGAGGCCAGCGCCACGUUGACCCAAGGUGUCAGCGGCGUUCUCACGUUUCUUCAGCGUCUGGCUGGCACCGGGCUUGGACAAACAGCGGCAUGA